UGUGAUCGGAUGAAGACGUGAAACCCCACAACUGGAAGCCAAUGUUGGCCUUGAACACGAGUUGUAGAGGAAUUCUCAAAGCUCAUUUCCCGGUAUUUACUUUAUCGACCGUGAAUUGUGUCUAGCUUCCACGAAUGGGAUUUUGAAUAUUCACUGGUAUUAUACACUAGCGUCACAUCAUCGUAUCUCGAAUGAAACCACCUUGAACAGAACCAACUUUUGAUGGUGCAGCAUCCUUCUUGACCGGAAUAAACGUGAACCAUGAAACAGUGCCUACUUCAGAGAAACGUAACGCUGAAGAGUUUCUUAUCAGUGAAGUGGCCGUGUUAUAAUGGACGUUGCUAGGUUUUCCUCCAGGAGCAAACUUAGAACCUCAACCAAGGUCACCACCGUAGUCCUAUAUCUUCUGACCGUCUCAGGAAGUCUAUCGGCCGCUCUGACACUCAGCCGCAUUGUGCAUCUGCAAUCAGGAAAAGUUCAAGGAGUGACAGUAACCCACAAGAUGCUAAGGCCGGUCGAGAUGUACCUAGGAGUGCCUUACGCCACACCCCCCACCGGUGCCAAUAGGUUUAGCCCAACCCGUAGCGUACCCCCUUGGGUGGGGGUGCGAAUGUGUGACCGUGUAGCACCGGUCUGUCCACAGCUGCCACCCAACAUGACCAGCGCACUGUCACGGAUGCCACGGGGCAAGUUGGUAGCUCUGCAACGAUUGCUGCCUUUCCUGAGGGACUACAGUGAGGACUGUCUAUACCUAAACGUUUAUGCUCCAGCUUUUGAUGAAGAACUCACAGAUUCAGUGAAAAAUCCAGUCUUCGUUUUCAUCCAUGGAUCAGAUGAUUUCAGUUCCGGGGGUGGCAACUCUUUCGAUGGCAGGGUCUUGUCAGGUUACACGGGAAUCGUUGUCGUUACAGUUAACUACAGGCUAGGAGCCUUAGGGUUCCUCAACUUAAACAGCAAUCCUGAGAGCAGGCCAAGGGUGGCAAACAGCGGCCUCAUGGAUCAAAUCGCCGCAUUACAAUGGGUACAGCAGAACAUCAAACAGUUUGGAGGCGACCCACUCAGAGUGACACUGGCUGGGCACGGCACUGGAGCUGCUUGUGUGCACUUCUUAGCCAUCUCUCCUGCCGUGAUGCCGGGUUUGUUCCACCGCAUUAUCCUCCUAUCAGGAUCUGCUCUGAGCAGUUGGGCCAUAGUAGAGGACCCUGUCCACCCCGGAGUAUCACUGGCUCAUCAAGUGAAUUGCAGUAGCCACAUAGAUGUCGUGGGUUGUCUUCAGGGAGUGACAGUUGAAGAAAUCCUCCAGGCCGACAUCAGACCUGCAGCGUUCCUCAACGCCUUCGGUCCCAGUGUAGAUGGAGUCGUCAUCCGGCCAGAGUUUGACCAAGAAGACAACAUAUACUCCGUGCGGGAGCUAGAUGUCAUGUUCGGUGUCGUCACUAGUGAGUCCCUCAGCAGGUUCUCUUCCUCUGAUAUCCAAUCGGGGUUCGACGGCUCGAGGAGAGACAGGAUCCUCAGGACUUAUGUGAGGAACGCGUACGAGUAUCAUCUUCCGGAGAUUUUUGUGACCAUAGUGAACGAGUACACGGACUGGGAGCGGACGGUGGUUCAUCCGAUCAACACGAGAGACGCUACCAUCGCGGCCUUAAGUGACGCACAAUUUGUAGCCCCUGUUGUGAAAACUGGUGACUAUUUCAGUGCCCAUUCAAGGGGGAAGAGCAGAUCCUCAAAUUUCUUCUAUGUGUUCGACCAUCAGACGAGGCAUGGAGAUUAUCCUCAGAAAAUAGGAGCAGUUCACGGUGAAGAACUUCCCUACCUGUUUGGUGCGCCACUCGUCGAUUCAUUGGGGCAUUUCCCCACGAACUUCACUCGCUCUGAAGUUGCUCUGUCUGAGGCCUUUAUGAUCAACGUAGCUAAUUUUGUUAAAUCUGGAAACCCAAACAUGAUUGAGUUCCAAGAUCCGUUCCUUCCAAUUUCUAAAGAGAAAAACAGGUUCAAGUCCAUAGUGUGGGAGCAAUACGACCCAGUUCACCAGAAGUACAUGGACAUAAGUCUGAGACCAAAGAUGAAGAACCACUUUAGAUCGCACCACCUUUCAAUUUGGCUACAACUGAUCCCAGAACUGCACAGGGCGGGUAUGGAGGACGUGCACACAAGACACAACCGGUUUCACAACCACCAUAAUGCCGACCUGUACACGGGAAUCGUUAGGCCGGAACCUAAGAAAGAAAACGCCACAGUUGCCGAGGUAAUACUGCCCAUUACAACAAUGGAAACAAUGGUAACUACUUGUGUCAAUCUCUACACUACCCGUGGAUACAGGAACACCACUGCUGAUGGGUUAGAGGCUGCAGCAGCAUACAGCUCAGUGCUGAAUCUCACCAUAGCAAUUGGAUGCAGCCUGCUCGUGCUGAAUAUUCUCAUCUUCGCCGCCGUCUACUAUCAGCGGGAGAAAACCAGAAUGGAGAUGAAGACGCUGGAGCAGCAGAAGAGACUGCGAUCCGAGCAAGGUCUGAAGCACUCCACCAGUGUUAUCCUAGACAUGGAAACAGACUCGCCUAUGAUGGUGCUAACUCACUUGCCUUCUAAGAACGGCUCAACGAGGUCUCUCGUUGGACAUUUUCUAAGAGCUCCUAAGUCCCAUGAGUACAACUGUACUCAAAUUCCUCCCCCUCCUAGUCCACCUCAACCAAGCAAAAAAGCGUCCCUUCCUACAGCCGCCAUUAGUGAGAUUACCGUUUAGCCAUUCUUACUGUGUAACAUAUUUAUUAAUUCGUGUAAUAAGUGAACAGAGUGACAGAUAUAAGAUUUUUUAUUCUUUAUUAAUUUUUUAUUCUUUUUCUUCCCAUUUACAUCAGUGUUACUUAUUUCAUCAAUUGCUAAAACUAAAUUUCUGAACACUGUGUUUGUUUGUAUUGUUAAUAAUGACAGAAACAAAAACCCCUCCAAUUUAAUAUUAAUCCAAUAACAUACAAAUAUAUUUUUUCUUCUAAAUAAAAAUUUGUAAUGUUGGCAUAAACAAAUUGUUGAAUCUAUUAGCUAUACAGGAGAUAAAUCAUUUAUAUUAACGUGGUGUACCUCUGAGACCCAUGGAAUCAUUUCAGUUACCUCUGACGUCCUGACUCCGUCUCCGUCAAGUAACUUGGACUACUACCGUUAAAUCUUUUACUACCUAACGUCCUACUCUAAUGAGAGCAGUCCGAGAGAGAUUGUGUCGUGUUUCAGCUCAUAGCAUUAGGCGAGUUAAUUUUUGUGUAACUAAUUCAAUAAAAAAUAAUAUAUAUUACUCAAUCAUUCUCUCUCUUUUGAAGUCACUUUACCCAUAAUCAUUAAUUUUUACAGUUGUAUACUCUAAGUAACAAUAUAUAUAUAUAUUAUAUAUUUUUUUUUUCAAUAAAACAAUAAUGAAUAUUCACAAAUUUUAUUUCAUCAAUAUACAUAAAGGAAGUCAGAUAGUGAAGGCUCCAAUGUUACCAGGUAUAAUUACUAACCAAUAUCUGUUUUACAUUAACUUAAAUAUUACAGGCAGAGGUUAAAUUAUCAAAUUCGUUCAAUGAGGUAGUUCCAAAAAAUGUUCAGCCUCAUAGUUCAUGUUAUGUUAUGAAAUUCGGGUAGUUUAUGUUAAUGCUAUGUCAUUUAUCUCUGUCACAAUGUACAUUUACGCAAUGUUAUUAGAUGAUCCCAAUACUUCUUGAAACAGGGAACUGUUAUAAACGAGCGAGUUACUGAACAAUAUCAUAAAUGUAGUGCUGUGUAGAUAAUAUUGUGCCCAAAUUUUGUACCUAAUAAAGUUUAUUUUGUGGAAGAAUAA